UCUCCUCCGCCCCGCCUGGUUUUUUGCUAGUUUGAUGGGACCCAUUUCUAACUGUGGGUUGACUGGCGUCAUUUGCCCUAGGAACUCCGGGUUUGCUCCGCUCCCUGGAGUACUGUAGCAGCUUCCGGCGAUAGUUUGGAAGCUGGCGUUGGGUGCAGGUGUCUGAGGAGUUUGGAGCUGCCGGUUCAGGAUGUGGUGCGCGAGCCCAGCCGCAAUGGUGGCCUUUUGCGCCUGGCUCUGGGUCUCUAACCUGGUGCCGACACAGGGCCAGGAGGCUGGGGGGCGCACGGGGGCCGACUGUGAAGUAUGUGAAGAAUUCUUGAACCGGUUCUACAACUCAUUGAUAGCCAGAGGAAUUAAUUUUUCUUUGGACACCAUAGAAAAAGAAUUGAUCAGCUUUUGCUUGGGCGUCAAAGGAAAAGAAAACCGCCUGUGCUACUACCUAGGAGCAACCAAAGAUGCAGCCACCAAGAUCCUAAGCGAGGUCACCCGCCCAAUGAGUGUGCACAUGCCUGCAGUGAAGAUCUGCGAGAAGCUCAGGAAGAUGGACAGCCAAAUCUGUGAGCUGAAAUAUGAAAAGAAAUUAGACUUAGCAUCGGUGGACCUGUGGAAGAUGAGAGUGGCAGAGCUGAAACAGAUACUGUACAGCUGGGGAGAGGAGUGCCGCGCCUGCGCGGAGAAAGCCGACUACGUGAAUCUGAUCCGAGACCUGGCGCCCAAGUAUGCAGCAACGCCCCGGAAGACAGAGCUCUGACCCUCCAACUUUGGUGCACCGGGGACUGUAAUUAUACAUAGAAUGGCUGUCCAGGAUACGGGCCUGUUGGUUAAGAGUAACUAGGUAUUGCUCUGUGUGCGGUCUCAUACAUUUUGUUUUGGUAGUACACUUUGGUACUGGUUGCUUAGGUUUGUAAGUAAAACUGUUAGUAUUAGUGGUAGCUUACAUUUUCACUGUACCAAAACUUAUAGGUGCCUUUCUCAUAAUUUUCUUGUAAGGACUGGGUAAAUGAUCAUUGGCUCCCUCCUAAAACUGGGAAAAGAGAACUACUGAAAAACUGACUGAGUCAAUUGAUUCCGAGAAGGAGGAGAGCGCUCAGAGGCGCCUCUUCGGGCACUAAUACUUCAUUCAGUAGAUUGGAUUAGGACAAAAAGAACAAUGCUUAGCAUAUUAACUCCUGGCGUAACCAAAAGUGUUUUUUUUUAUUUUAAAGUAAACUGCAUUUUCAACUGCAAAUCACUCUACUUUUGAGCUCUCUGUGGUAUCAGAAAUGAGAGGUCAAGAGGUAACUACUUGAAACUAGUGUCUUGCAUAAGAAGAAAACGUAUUUGAAACCUAUUUAAACAUACUUAAAGAAAAUAGGUGAAGGAUCCACUCACGGAUAGCCAGUGUUUUAGCAAAUUGUAUCAAUACUCACAAGGCUAAGUGAGCAAAGCUCAAGGCUUUCUGCAUGCCUUCCCAUCACACAGUAGAUUAGCUUUUGACAACGGAUUAAAAGACACUCAGGGCACAGGCAGGCAACAUGGGGCUUUAUGGUUCCUAGUGCUGUCUUAUCAGCUUUCAACCGUAAAAUCAUUUUUGGCUCCAUUUUCUGGCCAAAUAUGAGUAAGACCAGACUGUAGGAGUGGCUGCCUCUGUGUGGCAAGUGGAAACAGGGAAUGAAAACUCGAGGGCACUUUCUGGGGGUGAUGGGACCUCCUCAACCUUCAUGGUGGUCACAUGGGUGAGUAUCAUUGUCAAAUAUCUGUUAGUACAGUGAAGAUCUGGGUAUCGAUUGUGUGUAAAUUAUAUCUAAAAUGCUGCUGUAGAAAAGUUAUUUGAAAAUUAAAUAAAAUUAAUUGAUUAAAAACUUCUUAGGCAUUCAAAGAAUUGCAAUUACUAACUAGGUGUCCUUUUGGGGAGUGGAGGAGAAAUUUUCCAGACUGAAAGUAUACAUUGGAAGUGUUAUUUUAAUUUUCAAAAUGCCACCCACACAAACAAAAUUUCAGUUGAGUAGUUGGGAAUGUAACCAGACUUGUAAGAGAAUUAGUGGUUAGUAACUUAAAAAUGAGAAUAAAAAAGCUUUGGUGUAAUAAAUAGCCAAAAGGGUUAUUGGUUUUGGAUUUUGGCAGCUUUAUCAUUAUGUGUAAAGUACCCUACGUAAUUAUGAAUCGUAUCUUUAAAAUGCCUAAAUUUAGGUUUUUAUAUUUGUUUGUUUUGCUUUUUAUAAACUUAUGCUUGUUUUUCUUUAGUGCACUUUGAACCAUUGAGAAAGUUGUCAUUUGAAAACAGUAUGUCUGAUGUCUAACCUCAAAAUCAGGUCAUAUUUCUCAGUGUGGUUUUUUUUUCCCAGAAUAUACAUCUAGGCAAUAAGAACACUGCCCAGCAGGUCAUUGAAAUUCAUGAUAUUUAGUCUGCUUUUCCAAAGGGCAUUUAUUCUAAGUCAGAGCUACUCAAACUUCUCAAACUGUGCAUACAAAUCACCCAGGAUCUUGUUAAAAUGUGGAUCUGGAAUCAGUAGGUUUGGGAGGGGCCUGAGCCUCUGUAUUACUAACAAGCCCCAAGUGAUAUCCAGCCUGCUCUUCCGGGGACCACACUUUGAGUAUCGAGGGCCUGAAUCUUGGGUCCUGUGAUUGAUUUUUUCCCUUCUACUUGUCCCAAUCAGUUAGGUUUAUGAUAGAGCUGAAUAUAACCAUAACAACAAAAAACAAACAAAAAUAAAACCACAAGCAUUGAUUCUUUCAAGUAAAAUAAUUCCAGAGGUAGCCAGUCCAGAGUAAAUGUGGCAGUCCCACAAACUUAUUGAGGACUCCCUUUUCUUUUUGCUUCAUAUCCUAGUGGUGGGUUCCAUUCUUACCCAUGGCCCAGUUGGCUGCUGGAAUUUUUUGUUCCAGAAGGGAGAAGGCAUUAAAAAACCUGCCCCUGUGUACUGAGCCAGCCACUUUAGGGGAGCCUUCCUCCUCUCUCUCCCCUUUCUCCUCCCAUUCAUCUCCACCCACUCAUAAUUCAAUAUCCCACUCAAUCAUCUGCCUAUAUGUCACUGACCAGAACUUAAUCACAUACCAAAUGUAGCUGCAAGGGAGUUCGGGAAAUAACAUCCUUUGGUUGGAUCCAUUGCUACCAAAUCCCCCUCCCCCAAAUCAGGAAAAAGGGAGAAAUAGUUUUGGGCCGCAAGGUACCUCUGUUACAUGGUACCAAUUUUUCUUUCCCACGAAUCUUAGUUGUAAUUUCUGGUUGCUAUACCCUAAAUAACUCUUUCCCCUCCUUGCUAUUUGCUUCAUUCAUAAAUGUAAGCAGUUAGGUCUUUUCUUCAUUUUUGGUUUGUCAAGAAGUAGCUACCGUUUUUCUAUUUCAUUUUCAUUUUAAAUCUUUCUCUUUGUCAUGUGUGUAUGCUUUUUUGUUGUUGUUGUAUCUUAACCCCAAAUGCAUAAGCACACAUGGUUUAGAAGUCAGACAUUCUGACAGAAGGGACAAAGCUCUGGGCGAAACUUUCAUUUAAACAGUAGUGGUCUGGGCAGACGUCCUUCCCGAUCUACUCUGGAUUUCUACAAUGUCAAGCAGUUGGCUCUUUACUCUGCUUCCUAAAUACACAUGGGAGACUAGAUAGAACAUUUAGAGCACAGCUUAAAACUUGUGGUUUUUAUCUGAGUGUGGAUAUCUGUAUUCUACUGAAGAGUGUUAAAUUUAAAACAAACCAGCUUGGCAUAUAGGACAAGAAAAUAUUUGACUAUCAGAUCCUUAAAACCAGCAGAGCAUUUUGUGAUCCAGAGGCCCCCCUCUGUGGGUUCGAGCAGUUCUUGAUAAGUGACUUUUCUAAGCACAUGUCCAAGUUUAUCCACUGCCUGUCAUUUGGAAGAAGUGAUUGUCAGGUGUCCACUCUUUUACAGUGUGCUUGAAAUAAAAUAAUUCCACCAAGAGAGAAAUGAAAAUAGAAUGAGUAGUAUGUAGUAUUAUGUCUUCUGUGUGCUUUUCACUGGCAAAAUUUUGAGAAUUUGGGAUUGUGCAGGCACCCAUGGUGUUGAAUUUCUAAAACUCACCAGGAUUUAAAUUAAAAUUUUGG